CCUUUUGCCCUUCACCUUCCGCACUUUGCUGAUGCUGCAUCCAACGCUGCCGGCAUUGGCAGAUACGACAUGCAGCUUACACCUAGGUUAGUGAAGUAUUACGACCGCCUACUGUACUAUACCUUGCCUUUCCCUGCCCUGCCUGGUGUCAUGUAUGUACGGCACAUGUACGAGUAUGUACGUAGGCGGCAGAGAUGGAGCCUCUUAAGUGAUUUAGUGGUGGCACAAAUAGUGGCAGCUUUACUCGGCACCGCUUCGUUUUCUUGUGUUGCACUCAGGCUCGGACUCCACCACCUGGCUCCAGCUUGUCGAGACCUUGUGCCGCUCUCAUUGGAGGUUAAUGGCCAUCCG